AUGUCAGCGAUCGUUUCAUCCAUGCUCGGCGUGGCCGUGUUCUUGUUGCUGUCCGAAUCGGCAACAUCCAAGCAAUAUGACUGGUGCGAUCCCGAUCUGUGUGGUGCAGGUCUCAAGCAUGUAGCCUGUCGCAACAAUGGGCACUUUAACAGGCGCUGCAAGGCCGACUCCUUUGAACUGGAUGUCUCCAACUACAAGAACACCUUCCUACAUGCCCACAAUAAGCGUCGCAAUUUCUUAGCUCUGGGACGACUGCCGGGCUACUAUCCUGCUGCUCGCAUGGCCACCAUGGUCUGGGAUGAUGAGCUCCAAUAUCUGGCCUCUUUGAAUUUGCGCACCUGCAUCCUGGAUCACGAUGAUUGCCACAACACCUACCGCUACGCUAAUUCGGGCCAAAACUUGUGUGCCAUCUGGCGGGAUCGUUCGCCCAAUGUGAAUGUGACCAGUUUGAUUGAGGAGUCGUUGAGUUUAUGGUUUGACGAGUACCCCCUAAUCGACAGCAGUUUCAUUGACAAAUUUCGUGUCACCGAGAUAUUCGAGGACUAUGGACACUUUGCCGAAAUGGUCGUUGAUCGCAACUCGCAUGUUGGGUGUUCCAUCAUUCGCUUCACACGGCCGGACUACCCCUAUGUGUAUAUAUAUCAUGUUGUCUGCAAUUACGCAUCGAUAUAUGCCCUCGAUGCGCCUGUCUACGAGGUGGGCUACACGGCAUCGCGCUGCAAGACCGGAAAGAAUCCAUUCUAUCCCGGCCUCUGUUCCACACGCGAACAGUUCAAUCCAAAUUAUUGA